AUGAUGAUGAUGAUGAUGCGGACUCUUCGGGAUGAGCUGUGCGAGAAGAAGAAGGAUCCUGUUUCGCCGCACAGUCGUUUAGGUCCACGUGAAGACGGCGCAGAAGACUUCUAUUCCAGGUCGAGCAAUCCCGUUUCUGUAUUAUUGGCGAAACCGAGGCAUUCCAAGAGUUUGAAUUCCCCGUCACGUCUUGCGGCUGUUUCCGCUCGGUCUUUCCGGUGUCUUCUGUUCGACCCCCCCUUGUGUGGACCCCGUGCCAUGGCGGGGGUCGUUCAAUCAAAGAUAGCAAAAACGAACACUCGACGGAUCGCGAGCAUUUCGCAUCUUGUCGUCGGACCCCAAAAGAAAAAAUGUCGGUGUGGCACGGUUGCGGUUGGCGAGGAAGAAUAA